ACCAAAAAAAUCAUAUACAAAAAGAAAACACCGAAAGAGAGAUUAUGGCGGAGGGGCAAUCCCCGGAGAAUUCACCGCCGUCCCCUACACCACCAUCUCCGUCAUCAUCCGACAAUCAACAACAAUCCUCUCCUCCGCCUUCUGAUUCCUCCUCUCCUUCACCACCAGCUCCUCCUCCGCCGGAUGAUUCCUCCAAUGGUUCCUCUUCCUCACCUCCGCCGCCUUCUUCAGGCUCAGAAUCUCCACCAUCUCCCCAAGGAAACAAUAACAAUGGUAAUAACAACAAUGACAACAACAACGGUAAUAGCAACAAUGGUAGUAACAACAACAAUGACAACAACAACAAUGGGAAUAACAAAGACAACAACAACAAUGGUAAUAACAACAAUGGCCAAAACAACAAUGGCAAUAACAACAAUGACAACAACAACCAAAACAAUGGCGGAGGAAGCAACAACCGUUCACCUCCGCCUCCUUCGAGAAACUCUGACCGUAACUCUUCGUCCCCACCAAGAGCGCUGGCUCCGCCUAGAUCAAGCGGUGGUGGUUCCAACUCCUCAAGUAACAAUGAACCAAACACGGCUGCUAUCGUAGGAAUUGUGGCUGGUGCUGGAUUGUUGUUUCUUGUUAUGAUAUUGUUCUGCGUCUGUUGCUGUCGUAAGAAGAAAAAGAAGCAUCAAAUGCCGUAUUAUGCAGGCAACGGUUACGCCACCGGCAAAGGUGAUCAAUACCAACAGCAGCAAUACAAUAACCAGAGCGAUCACGUGAUGAAUCUGUCUCAGCAAUAUCCUGGAUCAAACGGGAAUAAUAACUGGAUGAAUUCACCGCCUCCACCACCACCAGGAAGCUGGCAACCGUCGCCGCCACCACCACCACCACCUGUCUCAGGCGGUAUGAACGGAAACAGUAGCGACAUGAGCUCAAACUACUCAGGACCACAUGGUCCGUCUCUACCACCACCUCACCCUUCAGUGGCUCUAGGUUUCAACAAGAGCACAUUCACCUACGACGAGCUAGCUGCUGCAACUCAAGGCUUCUCUCAAGCAAGAUUGUUAGGAGGACAGAGGAUGUUGGUUUAUGAGUUCUUACCUAAUGACACACUUGAGUUCCAUCUCCAUGGGAAAAGCGGCAAGGUUCUUGACUGGCCUACAAGACUCAAGAUUGCUUUGGGAUCAGCUAAAGGACUUGCUUACUUACAUGAAGACUGUCAUCCAAAAAUCAUUCAUAGAGACAUUAAAGCUUCAAACAUUCUUCUUGAUGAAUCCUUUGAAGCUAAGGUUGCAGACUUCGGGUUAGCGAAGCUAUCUCAAGACAAUGUUACACAUGUGUCCACUCGUAUCAUGGGAACUUUCGGGUACUUGGCUCCAGAGUAUGCGUCAAGCGGGAAGCUGACAGACAGAUCCGAUGUUUUCUCCUUUGGAGUGAUGCUUCUUGAGCUCGUUACCGGACGCAGACCUGUUGAUCUCACUGGUGAAAUGGAAGACAGUUUGGUCGAUUGGGCAAGACCCUUGUGCUUAAACGCAGCUCAGGAUGGAGAUUACAGUGAACUAGUUGAUCCACGGCUCGAGAACCAAUACGAGCCUCAUGAGAUGGCACAAAUGGUGGCUUGUGCCGCUGCAGCCAUCAGGCACUCAGCUAGACGCAGGCCUAAGAUGAGCCAGGCAAGUUUUACUUUUGAACAUGACCACCCUUUGAAACAUAUACUUUGCACACAAGAAAAUGAUCACAAUGGUCCAUUUUUUAAACAGAUUGUUCGGGCUCUGGAGGGAGAUGCAUCUCUAGACGAUCUAAACGAAGGAGGGAAACCGGGGCAAAGCUCAUUCCUCGGGAGGGGAUCAAGCUCGGACUAUGACUCAAGCACUUACAGUGCGGAUAUGAAGAAGUUCAGGAAAGUGGCCUUGGAUAGCCAUGAGUACGGUGCAAGCAGCGAGUACGGGAACACGAGCGAAUACGGGCUUGACCCGUCUUCCUCGAGCAGCGAGGAGAUUCGUAGAGGAGGAGCUAACAACAACAAAACCACUCCUAGCCGAGAGCUUUGAUUUAGCUGUUAGUUCAAAACAAUCUACCUUGCUGUGUUUUUGUGUU